GGGGCAUCUCGCUGGGAGUUUUUUUUUUUCCCUCCGUCACCCGGAAGUCUCGCGAGACCUCCGCGAUCGAUUGGUUCUGGCAUCUAAGGAAGAAGGGGAGGUCGGGAGAAGUCAGGCGCGGGCGAGUCCUCGUCGUUGCGGGGCUGAAGCGGGCUUCUUCCAGGGCGACCGCAAGCCUCCUUACGCUGAGGGGGAAGGCUUUUUGCAGGGGGUGGGGUGGGGGCCCUAAAAGCAGUUCCCAAGGAUAGAGGCGCCCCGUGUUUCCCCUGCAGCGGCACGAGGCGUCCGGGCCAGCUGAGGCAGCGGUUGGGCGCGCGCGCAGCAAAGAGAGAGAGAGAGUGUGUGUGAGUGAGUGAGGGAGAGACCCCUCCCCUUUCCCCCCUCCCCUCUGAAGGGGGCGGAGCCAAGGGUCCCGCGCGAGGGUCUCCCUCCCUCCAGGCCGCGCUGGGCGGGGCGGGCCCGGGGUCGCGAUGACCCACGAGCGGCCCAAGUUCUACCGGCAGGAGCUGAACAAGACCAUCUGGGAGGUCCCCGAGCGGUACCAGAACCUCUCGCCGGUGGGCUCCGGGGCCUACGGCUCGGUCUGCUCCGCCUUUGAUACGAAAACUGGCUUGCGUGUGGCUGUGAAGAAAUUGUCCAGACCAUUUCAGUCCAUCAUACAUGCCAAAAGGACUUAUCGUGAACUACGUUUGCUUAAGCAUAUGAAGCAUGAAAAUGUUAUUGGUCUUCUAGAUGUUUUUACACCUGCAAAAUCGCUAGAGGAAUUCAAUGAUGUAUAUCUUGUAACCCAUCUCAUGGGGGCAGAUCUGAACAAUAUUGUGAAAUGUCAGAAGCUUACAGAUGACCACGUACAGUUUCUUAUCUAUCAAAUUCUUCGUGGUUUGAAGUAUAUUCAUUCUGCUGACAUAAUACACAGAGAUUUAAAACCUAGCAACCUAGCUGUAAAUGAGGACUGUGAGCUGAAGAUUUUGGAUUUUGGAUUGGCACGGCAUACAGAUGAUGAGAUGACAGGAUACGUAGCAACCAGGUGGUACAGAGCUCCUGAGAUCAUGCUGAACUGGAUGCAUUACAAUCAGACAGUUGAUAUUUGGUCAGUUGGAUGCAUUAUGGCUGAACUAUUGACUGGAAGGACACUGUUCCCUGGUACAGACCAUAUUAACCAGCUUCAGCAGAUUAUGCGUCUGACGGGGACACCCCCUGCAUAUCUCAUUAACAGGAUGCCCAGCCACGAGGCAAGGAACUACAUACAGUCAUUGUCUUAUAUGCCGAAGAUGAAUUUUGAAAAUGUAUUUAUUGGUGCCAAUCCACUGGCUGUGGACCUGUUGGAGAAGAUGCUUGUGCUGGACACAGACAAACGAAUUACUGCUGCUGAAGCUUUGGCUCAUACUUAUUUUGCUCAGUAUCAUGACCCAGAAGAUGAACCAGUGGCAGAUCCCUACGAUCAGUCUUUUGAAAGCAGAGAACUGGAUAUAGAGGAAUGGAAAAGCCUGACCUAUGAUGAAGUAGUUAGCUUUGUGCCACCACCGCUUGACCAAGAGGAAAUGGAGUCCUGAGAAUCUGUUUGUCUUUGUUCCAUAUCACUGUGAGGAGAAGGCCUUUCCCAUGAGGAUUCUCCACAUAUCAUACAAGUGCCUCUUGCCGUGAAGAUUCUCCUUGGUGGAGGGGGAGGGGGGUUGUGUGUUUUUGUGUAUGUUGAAUGGAGGAGUUGAAGGGGAUGAGAACGAAGAUUUGGAGAAAAGUAUUUAUGCAGUAACUGUAUAAAUAAUUUGCAUGUUCUCUUGUAUUUUUGUAUACAGUUUGGGACAUGCUUCUGAAAACCUGUUUGAUUGCUUUUUAGCCUUUACUGUUGGCAACCAGCUUUCACUGCUCCGGGUCAAGGCAGACAUUAUGCAGGGAAGCUGAGAUUUCAAAUUCUCAGUAGUAAUUUCUUGCCAUUAAAUGGCUCUUCUACCCAGAUGAGACUUGGAUAAUGCAAGCUGAACUAUUACUUGAACUGUGCCCUCUGCUUUUUAGAAUGAGAGAAGAGAGGGUAAGGGAUGUCUUUCCAUUCCAUGCCAUGCCAGCUGCUUUUCUUCCCAGUAUUUGUAUAGCAGGAAGGAUGAUGCCAUGAAGGGCUGUCUCUUGGGAGCUUCUUGUCUGAAACAGUGUAAAAAAAGAAGUUUGUGCCUUAAAUUACUAAGGGAAAAUAGAGUCUGUGUUAGUCCUCUGUAUAGUGGACCUGUAAGCUUGCUGCUUCCAAGGGUCUGAGUCACAGGAUUCAUGUAUUACUAACUGGUGGCUAUGGCCAAAAUGCAUCUCUUUCAGUGAUAUGAUGUAUUCCCAUAUUAAUUGGAUUUUGUCAUUUGCCUUUCUGUGCUGCCCAGCCCUGAGAUCUUUCAGCAGCAGGUUCCAUCAAGCUGCCUGUUAUAUUUUUGUAUCUUCUUAAUGUGGCAUGUGUGUAUAUUGUGAUAUGUGUUCAUUGUAGGGCUUGCUUGUAUUUCCUUGGAAGAGGCCCUGGGGAGGUAAAUCAGCUUAAUAAUUGCUGCGUUCAAUAUCAUAGUGUCAUGAGGAAUCACAGCAUCCAUAUGUUUUUAUUACACUUAAUGUUGACAUUGUGGGCACUUUUUGAUGAAAGGGUGCUGAUGAAUAUGCACCUUUCUGUGAGCUUCCUUAGGGGGCUUUAAAAAAUAAAUUGUUUUAUCAGCUUGCAUUAACUCAGAACAAGAUUCACACCAUUGUAUUCCUAGAUGAUAGAAAUCAAGUAACCUUGAAAUUUCCCUACUUAUGAAUUUUGUGGGCUUCGGGGGCACCGGUUCAAGUAUUUUGUGUUCAUCAGGUAUUUUAGGUAUCCAAGAUCCUAUUUUUAAAAUAUUUUCUGAAAUUUAUAUAAAUGCAGGUAUCAUGCAUGGACUGUAUGCCUGUCUCUGAAAGAGUGUAAAGCUUUGCAGUAUUUUUGUUGUUCAAAUGGAUGUGGGAUUUUUGUGUAUUUAUCCCUUUUGUACAGAGAAGCCGUGAAAGUGAAAAAGGCAUGUGAAUAAUAAAGCCAUCAGAUCCUUCCUUUCUAGUGAUCUCCCUUCAGGUCCGUCCCGUUGUAAAGAAACUUGGGCUUGGGGUCCAGAGAGCAGCAUUCCUUCAUGCGUUUUGCUUGGAGGCCUUCUUAAGACCAAACAAAAUCAGCUCUUCUACUGGACGUACAGUCUUGAGUAUUCAGAUGGAAAUGUAGAUAUACUCUGUAAAACAUACAUGAUUAUUUUUCUCUGUCAUUAUAUGUGUAAGCUGCCAUGUGACUUUCAUGCAGAUGUACAACAAAAAGAAUUUGAGAUAUAUUUAUGAGUGGGAUUAUCUCAAAGAAGAGACUGUAUGGGAGCCCCUGUGGAGUGCAAUCCUUGUCGCUAGUGUGAUGCUGUUCUACUGCCUGAACUCUGGACAGAAAGUACACACUGUAAAGAAACGUUCUGCAUAUUUUUUAUGUAUCUAGUAACUUUGCUGUAACUGGUUAUGCCAUAUAGGAAAUCCCACAAUGCCACUGGUUUUAAAAUAAACCUAUUUUUCAGACUUCA